AUGACUGCCGCACAUUUAUCCAUCGAGAACCUCAACACGCAGGCGCUUGUCAGCUCGAUUCCGUUUGUCGACCAUGCAGUCCACCACGAGUCGCUGUUCGACGACUCCAAGGCGCUGCUGGUCAAAGUGUUCCCGGAAUGGGCCGGCGAUGAGCUCGAAAUGAAGCAAUGCAAGGACGGCAUUACAAACAAGCUUAUCCAGUCGACCAACAGGCGGACGGGGGUUACGGUGCUCAUCCGCGCGUAUGGCAAGCACACCGAGGUCAUUAUCGAUCGGGACCAGGAGCUUAUUAACAUGGCCGGCCUGACGCACCUUGGCAUAUGCCCACCACUCUACGCCCGAUUCCAGAACGGCCUCGUCUACGGGUUCAUCCCGGGCAGCGUCGCCAAGCCUGAGCAAAUGGGGAGCUCUGUAAUGGCCCCGCUCAUCGCCCGCGAGCUCGCGAAAUGGCACCAAAUCAAACUUCCCGGCGCCCAUACGCCCGAGCUUUUCAGCACCAUCACCCGCUGGCUCCACGACGUCCCUCAGCAAUGCACGGAUCCGAGCGCAGAUGCCAAAUUCCAAAAGCACUUUUCACACGAUAAGCUGGCAAAGGAGAUCAAAGAGCUUGAAGGCGUUCUGACCAAGCUUGGAGUCGCCUGUGGGAAUGUCAUCAUCAACGACUCCAAGGACUCGGUCAGCUUCAUUGACUACGAGUACGCGACGUACUCGUACCGCGGAUUUGACAUCGCCAACCACUUCUGCGAGUAUGCUGGGUUUGAGUGUGACUACUCAAGGUACCCGUCUAAAGAGCGCCAGAUUGAGUGGUUCAGGACUUACCUAGCCGCAUCGGGUGCGGACGCUAGCGACCAGGUGCUCGAGGGCAUGUAUGUCGAGGUCAGCCAGUUUGCAUUGGCUUCGCACGUCUACUGGGGCGUGUGGGGGCUGGUGCAAGCGUCGAUUUCUGACAUCGACUUUGACUACAUGGAGUACGCAAAGAUGCGGUUUGACGAGUACUACAGGAUCAAGGCCCAGCUCCUGUAG